GCGUGUGGUGUUGUUCUACCAUAAACCCUAGCCCCUCUGCCGGUCCAUCGCUUUCUUUCUCCUAUUCUCCUUCUUCUCCGUUGCUCGAAGACACAGAGAUGGGGAGAUCGCGAAGGAAGUACAAGAAAUCGAGACCGAAGGUUCAAGUGGGACUACCCAAGAAGAACCCUCGCUUAUUCAAGCCGGCAUUCUCUCUCCCUCCGAAGCUCCGUUCCAUAGUCGAAUCCUCCGGUCUUAAAUGGGACGACAAGGCCAGCGUAAUUCACAACUACAAAUCCUUUGGCGUCGUUUCUAACCCUAACUUUCUUGGUGUCCGAUCUCGCACUCCCCACAUCGUCGAAAUCGGCUCUCUUCAAGUGCCCCCUAAUCUCGACGCCGCGGGCUCCGAUUUUGACUCCUUCGAUUCCGGCAGCGACCUCGAAGAAGACGACUUGAAAUCAGCGCUUGGAAAGAAGCGAAGGGACGGGAAGAGUGCACAUCCGCAACCACUGACAACCAUGCAACGCCUUCAUAUUAGCAGGCUUGUAGAGAAAUACGGAGAUGAUUAUCAGAGCAUGUUCAUGGAUACCAAACUUAAUAAGAUGCAGCACUCAGUGGGAACUUUGGAGAAGCUAUGCAAAAGAUAUUGCAUGUAUAAAGACAAAAAUCCCUUGAUCCUGGGCUCUUGAGCAUGAUCAAAAAGUUUCACCAAUGAUCGAUCUCAGAAGAGAGCGGAUCAAAAAGUUGUUUCUUAAAUGUUGAAAUGAGCUAGCUGACAGGACUUGUAUUCUAUUUGAUAUUUAAAUCACAUAUGAAGUUUUUGCAUACUAGUUCUGGUAAACUAGUAACUUAUUGAUCUUCAGAUUACACGGGCCUGGCCUGGGUACAAUUAGCCUUGUAUUCUUGGGGAUCAGAGAAUGGCCGACAGUUGGGCAUUAUAAAGCAAGAUCUUUUGUUUCC